ACAUUUUUUUUGGUCGCCAUUUAUUAUGAUUAGGUGGUUCGUUGUUGUUUUGUAGAGAAAGGAGUUACAAUGUUUUCCUGACGAUUUGUUCUGCAAAUUUUAUAUUUUAAACAAAAUGCCUCGUUCAAGAAGUAGAAGUAGCUCUCCUAAAAGAAAACACAGUAAAAAGAGUCGUCGUUCACGCUCUAGAUCACGUUCUAAGUCAUCGUCAAAUGCACGAGAUCGUGAGAGUGAAAAGAAGUCGAAAUCAAGAGGGGAAAAAUCGUCACGAAGGCGGCGAUCUCGCUCUCGGGACAAUGAAGCCAGAAAACGUAGGCGCAGUAGGUCUCGAUCACGGUCCAGUCCAGAGCUGGACAUUUUUGGAAGAGACAUAAGUAAGAGAAAUGCUGAGGAGGAAAAACGUAGAAAAGAAGAAGAAGAGAGAAGAGCUGAAUUGGAAAAACAGAGGAAAAUUCGUCAGCAAGAGAUGGAAGCAAAACUGAUCGAGGAAGAGGUUGCACGACGAGUUGAAGAGAUGGUUGAAAAACGUGUCCAGGAAGAACUGGAGAAAAGAAAAGACGAUAUUGAAGCAGAGGUUUUGAGACGGGUGGAGGAAGCUAAACAGGAGAUGGAGAGAAUCAUGAUGGAAGAGAUGGAAAAAAAGAGACAGGAAGAACUAGCAGCUCAGAAAAGAAAAGAGGAGGAAGAAAGAAAGCAACGCGAGGAGCUUGAACGAAUUAUGUUGGAGAAUCAGAGCAAAAUUGAAGAAGCUCAAAGAAAAUUGGCGGAGGAGCGUCUAGAAAUGAUUGAAAAGCAGCGUAAAAUGGACGAGGAACGGCGUGCAUUUGAGAAAGAACAGCAGCGGCGUAAAAAACAGGAACAGGAGACGAUCUUAAACAAAAAGAAUGCUCGGCCCAAGGUGUCGUUCGGCUUCAAAACAGCAUAGCACCUUCUAGCUUUUGUGUACGAAGUAGAUGCCACUUGCAAGCAAGGUAGUGAAGCUGCAAUUUGUAGGGUCUCGUCUUAUUUCUGCUAUUGUCAAACAAGCCAAGAUAGCAAGUAUUGAAAAUACUAAAGUUUAUAUCUGCUGUGUUAAUGUUGGAGAAAGUAGAUUCUCAAAUGUAUGUGGGGGUGCAUAUUUUACAGAUGUAGCUCUAAUUUUUUUUUUAUAUACUACCCUUCCCCUCUUCUCUUUGAAUUUUUAAGAUGAAAAUAAUAUAACUCAGGUGUAUAUUUGGCUACAGAUUUCCCUCCUGUGGUUAUACAAUGGUGUAUAUAGUUGUAAAAACUGUCUAGAUAAGCCACGCCCCCUUCCUCUGUGUCAUAGUGUAGUGUCAGCUAGAGGGUUAUUUAGCUGCUUUAUUUAGAUAAAGUUCUGAUGCAUGCAUUGUAGAUGCAAUUUUUCUGCUUCAAAACACUGAUGGAGAUAAUCUCCAUUAAUGUAUUCAGUUCUUUAGAAUAGUAGAUUUUUACCUGAUCCUUUUUAGCACAUUUGUUUUGUUCACUCUGUUAAUGCUAUCGAUAUUGCUAACCCCCAUGUUUAUCGCUGUUGCUAAUCUGAGAGAUUUAGGUGUUUUAAUUUGUUUCUAUAUUUCGGGAUGAGGACUUAUUCAUUCCGUAGAGAAAUUGUUUGUGUAUUGUGUAAAAUACUAAAAUAUUAGUCAAUGUAAACUGGUUUAAAAUAAUAUAAACAUUUGCUAAAAUGUAAAAAAAAAAAAAAUGUAUGAAAAGACUGCAUUGUGGAGAUGCUAAACCAUUGUUUUGUGGAUAAUUACAUUUUGUAUUAUUUACAUUUCUAGGAUCGAGAUCCUUUCCUCAGACAAGCACCAGUAUUAUUAAUAGGUGUUUAUCAUGUCAACUUAUGCAAUAUUUAUGUAUUUCAGAAGCUAAUUAAAGGCAGAUUUAAAUAUAAACAGUAAUGUUUUGCAGUUGGACAAUCAAAUAUUAAGUGCAUGUUCGCUGUGCAGAGCCGACUGAAUUUAUUGAUCUUUAUCCUCAAAAUUAUUUAUUAUGCUUUUUUUAAUUGGUAGAUGGUAAGUAUGUGCUCGCACAGUUGACCAUGGUGCUUACUGAAUGGUUGGUAACUGUUUUAAAAUAAUAAUUUAAUUAAUGGCUACAUUUAAAUGCCUAUUUCAAAAUGAUUAGUGAGAAUUAAGUAUGGCACUACACAUCUAUUUGUGUGGUGGCAACUCACUAUAAAUUUCGUCUGUAUAAAAUUAAGAAAGAAAAUCAGAGAUAAAAAACUGUGUGACAGCAACAUGUUGAUGCAAAGUGGUAAUUGCAUUUACAGCUGUUUGAGAGUAUGUCAGAUUGGUGGAUGAAAUGCUUAUGAAAUAAACCAAGUUUACAGUAAU